UCUCAAUCUGUGCACGAGUGGAAGCGCCACGUCCUGCGAAGAGUGUCUUCUCAUCCAUCCCAAGUGUGCCUGGUGCUCCAAGGAGGAGUUCGGCAGCACGAAGUCCAUCACGUCACGGUGCGACUUCCUGCAGAACCUGAUUGCAAAUGGUUGUGCCGGAGCCAUCGAAAACCCCAGCAGCAGCAUCAGCGUGGUGAAGAAUGUCCCUCUGAGCAGCAAGGGCUCUGGACAGACCCACCUGGACGUCACGCAGAUCACGCCUCAGAAGGUCGCCUUGAAUCUUCGUCCUGGUGACCGGACCUCCUUCCGAGUUCAGGUUCGGCAGGUGGAGGACUAUCCCGUGGACCUCUACUACCUGAUGGAUCUCUCCCUGUCCAUGAAUGACGACCUAGAUAAUAUUCGCAAUCUGGGGACCAAGCUGGCUGAAGAGAUGCGAAAGCUCACUAGCAAUUUCCGGCUGGGGUUUGGAUCUUUUGUGGACAAAAACAUUUCUCCUUUCUCCUACACGGCACCAAGAUACCAAAACAAUCCCUGCAUUGGUUACAAGCUGUUCCCCAGCUGCGUCCCAUCCUUUGGCUUCCGCCACCUCUUGUCCCUAACAGAUAAAGUUGACCGUUUCAACGAAGAAGUUCAGAAACAGAAGGUUUCCCGCAACCGAGAUGCUCCAGAGGGUGGUUUUGAUGCGAUUUUGCAGGCUGCCGUGUGCAAGGAGAAGAUCGGCUGGCGUAAGGAGGCGUCUCACCUGCUGGUCUUCACGACGGAUGACGUGCCCCACAUAGCCCUGGAUGGGAAGCUGGGGGGGCUGGUGCAGCCCCACGACGGCCAGUGCCACCUGAACGAAGCCAACGAGUAUGGCGCGUCCAGCCAGCUGGAUUAUCCUUCCCUGGCGCUUCUUGGGGAGAAACUUGCUGAAAACAACAUCCACCUGAUUUUUGCUGUUACAAAAAGUCAUUACGUCCUGUACAAGAACUUUACCGCCUUGAUUCCUGGGACAACAGUGGAGAUUUUGCACAAAGACUCCAAGAAUAUCAUCGAGCUGAUCGUCAAGGCCUACAACAGUAUUCGGUCCAAGGUGGAGCUCACAGUCUGGGACAGCCCUGAGGACAUUGGCUUGACCUUCACUGCCACGUGCCAGGACGGUUUGUCCUAUCCCGGGCUCAGGAAGUGCGGAGAUCUCAAAAUAGGAGAUACGGUUUCCUUCGAGGUGGCCGUGGAGGCGCGGAGCUGCCCCGCCGAGGACACCUCCCAUGCCUUCACCAUCAAGCCCGCUGGCUUUCGGGACACGCUGGAGGUGGCGGUGACCUACAACUGCCUCUGCGGGUGCACUGGCCGGGCUGCGCCUGCGCCGGCCAGUGGCAAGUGCAGCGGCAAUGGGACCUACGCCUGCGGGCUGUGCGAGUGCGACGCCGGCUACCUGGGGGCCAGGUGUGAGUGCGAGGAGGGCGCCAGCGGGGACAUGCACCACGCCAUGUGCCGGGAGGCGGAGGGCAAGCCCCUCUGCAGCGGGAGAGGGGAGUGCAGCUGCAACCAGUGCCUCUGCUACGAGAGCGAGUUCGGAAACAUCUAUGGGCCCUUCUGCGAGUGUGAUGACUUCUCCUGUGCCAGGUACAAGGGAAUCCUCUGCUCAGGCCAUGGAGAGUGUCACUGCGGAGAGUGCAAGUGCCACGCCGGUUACAUCGGGGACAACUGCAACUGCUCCACUGAGACGGACAGCUGUGUUUCCAGCGACGGGCAGAUGUGCAGCGGCAGGGGCACCUGCGUCUGUGGGAAGUGUCAGUGCACUGAGCCGGGGGCUUUUGGAGAGACGUGUGAGAAGUGUCCCACCUGCCCAGGUGUCUGUAGCACUAAGAGGGACUGCAUUGAAUGCAAGCUGUUUAACUCAGGAAGACUGGCUGAUAACCAAACCUGCCAAAAGCACUGCAAGGAUGAGAUCAUCACCACUGUGGAUGUUCUCGACACGGAUGACCCGAACGCGAUCCUCUGCGCCUACCCAGUGAACAACUGUGUCAUGAAGUUCACCUACUUGGAGCUUGCCAGUGGGAAAUCCAACCUCACCAUCCUCAAAGAGCCAGCGUGCAGCUCAGCCCCCAGCGCUGUGACGAUCGUGCUGGCGGUGAUCGGCAGCGUGGUGCUGAUCGGCAUCAUCCUGCUGGGGCUCUGGAAGCUGCUCGUCACCAUUCACGACAGACGGGAGUUUGACCGAUUCCAGAGCGAACGCUCCCGGGCCAGAUAUGAAAUGGCAUCCAAUCCUCUCUACCGAAAGCCUAUUUCCACGCAUAACAUAGAGUUCACGUUCAACAAGCUCAACAAGUCUUACAAUGGUACAGUUGACUGAUGGGUUCUGGGCACCUGGGACUGCUGUGGACAAUUGCUUGACUCUAUGUGCUGCUUCCCCACUUGAAGAUGGGAUCCUCUUCAGGGGCGAGAAUCCCUUACAACAGGACUGGUCGAUGACCAAAGCCUGUUAUUUGCACAGUAAGGAGAAAAGUCUGGUUCAUUCUGGAGGCACGGACGCGAAGGCAAGGCUCCCCGCCUGUGCUGAUGGACUCCGAGCCGUGUGUGACUCCAUACCCCAGCUUUCUGGAUAUAUUAAACCUGCCAACUAAGUCAACCAAGUGCCAUAUUGCAGCUUUAGACAUACCCCGUUAGAAAGGAUGGCUAGGUCAAAAAUCAGGGGAACCCACGCCAUCUCAAGUUGUUAGGGGGGAAUUAGCUUAAAAAGAAGAGGGUGUUGGAAGCAUUUGUGUAAGAAAUUAGGAUACAAGAGUUCUGCAGUCUUUAGGAAUUUUUUUUAUAUAAAAAACAAAAUAAAACUAUUGUGCAUA